UGGCUCCCAAAUCACGGGACCGAACUAGCUCUAGCGAAUCAGAUGUCGAUUAUUCAGACAGACCGCCAAGACCGUUCGCUCGCGACUUUCGUGGUUGACCUCACCAUUAGAACCUUGACGCCGCCACUUCGCAACUCUCCCCUCUCCACUCCUUCCCAGGUCCUUUCCUUUGUGCAAGUCGCCAAAAUGCUGUCGACAACAAGGUCUGCGGCCUCAAUGGCCCUGCGAGCUAAACCCACCUCGGCUUUGCUGCCAUUCCGUGCUGGAAGUGUUGCCUUCAUUUCGUCAACAUCCUCGAACAAUGCGACGCCGAUGCAGAAGCCGGGAUUGGUGGCGGGAGGCCCGGGAACCCCUCCUCCCAUGAAGAUGGCCCGACAAGAAGUACCAUUGCCGAGCCAGGAGGGCAAGAAGGGAGCUAUGCAAUAUGCGCUCACCACACUUGAUCAGAUGGCCAACUGGGCACGUCAGAGCUCUCUCUGGCCUAUGACCUUCGGUCUCGCCUGCUGCGCUCUCGAGAUGAUGCAUCUUUCCGCACCCCGCUACGAUCAGGAUCGUUUGGGUAUCAUUUUCCGCGCUUCUCCUCGACAGUCGGACGUCAUGAUUGUUGCCGGAACCCUCACAAACAAGAUGGCACCGGCUUUGCGACAAGUCUACGACCAGAUGCCCGAGCCGCGAUGGGUCAUCUCUAUGGGUAGCUGCGCGAACGGUGGAGGCUACUACCACUACAGUUACUCGGUCACCAGGGGAUGCGACAGGAUCGUGCCCGUAGAUAUCUAUGUGCCUGGGUGCCCACCCACAUCCGAGGCACUCAUGUAUGGAAUCUUCCAACUACAAAAGAAGAUGAGACACACCAAGAUCACACGGAUGUGGUACAGGAAGUAG